AUGGUUAUGGCAACAGCCGCCGUUGACCGCUUUGCACCAACUCACUUUGAUCAUAAUCAUAUUUUUACCAAGAACUUCUUCUUUGACCAGUACUAUCAUCACAAUGGCGCCCUAGUUGCCAAGCAGUUGAUUGGCGAUGCUCUUCGCCAACGUGUUGAGAAUAUUGACCAUGAGUCUUGCGAGCCAGGUGAUGAGGAUACCUUCUUUGUGGGCGAUCUUGGCGAGGUCUACCGCCAGCAUAUGAGAUGGAAGAAGAAUCUUCCCCGUGUGAAGCCAUUUUACGCGGUUAAAUGCAACCCGGACCCCAAGGUUAUCCAGCUUUUAGCUGGAUUAGGUACUGGCUUCGAUUGCGCCUCUAAGUCUGAGAUCGAACAGGUCCUGAAUAUGGGCGUCGAUCCGGCUCGCAUCAUCUAUGCUCAGCCAUGCAAGACCAAUUCUUACGUGCGCUACGUCGCCAACCGAGGCGUCAAGCAAAUGACAUUUGACAAUGCUGAUGAGCUGCGCAAAAUCGCCAAGCUUUACCCCGAUGCUGAGCUUUUCCUGCGCAUUUUGACUGAUGACUCAUCGAGUCUCUGCCGCCUAAGCUUGAAGUUCGGCGCGUCCCUAGACUCCACCAACGAUCUCCUGGCUCUUGCCAAGGAGUUUGAUCUUAACGUCGUCGGCGUCAGCUUCCAUGUAGGCUCUGGGGCUUCUGACCCUCUCGCUUUCUUGAAGGCCGUCCAGGAUGCCGAAACUGUCUUCAAGCAAGCCUACUCCCACGGCUUUGACAUGAAAACUCUCGAUGUUGGUGGUGGUUUCAGUGGUGACACCUUUGAGGAUAUGGCCCACGUUCUGCGUGAGGCUCUUGACCAGCAUUUCCCACCACACAUUAGCAUCAUAGCCGAGCCCGGCCGGUACUACGUUUCUUCGGCAUUUACUAUUGCUUGCAACAUCAUAGCUCGUCGCACUAUUGACAACCCAAGUACGGGCGAGACUAGCUACAUGGCAUACGUCAAUGAUGGGUUGUAUGGAAAUUUCAGCAGCAUUAUGUUCGAUCACCAGCAUCCCGUUGCUAAGGUGUUGCGAUCCGGUAACCGGACAUUCUACAAUACCCCUUUUGCCGAUAACCUGCCCGAAGGCGUCAAUGCUGGCAUUGAGUACUCUAUCUGGGGACCUACCUGUGAUGGCAUUGACCGUAUCACUGAGAGCAUCCGCUUUGCCCAGGAGCUCGAUGUGGGCGAUUGGCUAUACUUUGAGGACAUGGGCGCAUAUACUAAGUGCUCAGCCACCAAGUUCAAUGGCUUCAGUGACAGUCACGAUAUCAUUUAUGUGUGCAGCGAACCGGGCGCCAGGGCCAUCAUGGAUCUUUAG